UACGUAUAUCGAAUCUCUUAAGGUAUUACACCAUUGUCGACGGUGCAUUAUUGUUGCGAGUAAAAACACAGUUCGGUACAUCCUGUGCGUGAACACGAGGCGGCGCGGCGUCGCACGACUCACCUAGAUGUCGCACCUAUUGUCCACGGCGUUUUGACCUGGGUAGUGGGUGAGCCACUACCGCACUAUUACCUCACACUUUCAAUAUUAGGUUACGAGUAUUUUACCUCAAGGUCCACUUUUAGGAGUAAAUAGAGGUGGUAUAAAUGCAAAGACGAACGAUAAUGAUGCGCAGUCGUCGAUCAGUCACUCGUACGAUAAUGAAUGCGUCCGUUGCUCUUGUGUUGUGCUUUGUUCUCGGCAGUGCCGUAGGAUACAAUCUGCAGAGGGAUGCUCCGUACAAUAUCGGACCCAAUGAUCCAUAUAAGUUCGAUUACACGAACUUAGGACAGGAGCAAUCUCAACGAUUGUUCUGGGGCAAUCAAGGAUCUAAUCAAGUCGGCGGGUCUGGACUAUGGUCUCAUUUAACGAACAAGUUUCCGUUCUUACAAACUAUGUUCGGGCGCAUGGAAUUACCAACCAAAUAUGGGGUCCCGAACCAGUACGAUUUAUCUAGCGUAUACGGCGCACCGAGUGCAUCGAGCUUUGGGAAUCAGCCUCAGCAAUUUUAUCAGACGCCACAGUAUUAUCAGACGCCACAAUUUUACCAGCGUCCGCAGCCUGGACAGUUUGGGCAAAGGUUCGCUCCGUCCGGUCGUGAUGUAGCGUUCACUGACGACGCUGUGAUUGUAACCCCGCCCUUCGUGCCGGCAAUCCAACCAGCUCCUGCACCAGCGCCUUUCCCGGCACCAGCCCCAGCACCCGUGCCGUCACCUUCCCCUAACCCUCAACCUGGCUAUCAAUACAACAAACCACAAUACAGAUUAGAGUUGCCUCAUAAAUAGUACUGUAACGAAAUAACACUAUCCUAUCCUGUGAUGUAAUAAUACUGUUAUUCUUUAAAACUCUCCUAAAUUCGACAAAACGAAGACAUAAAAUAGUAAACCGUUAAAGCAACCCUAAUCAAACGCCACAAUCUCAAUAUACGACACUUUCUUGGACUUAUUAAUGGAUUUCCCUUUGCUUCAGUUUUAACAUUAAAUAUAAAAAUAAAGUAGCCAGCGGCUUGGAUUGUCGGAAGACAACUGACAUUGGUGAUGUCUGUGAACGACGGUGAUUACUUACCAUGAGGUAGACAGUAUGCUCGUCUGUCUACAUGACAAUAAAAAAGAAAAUAAAUAUAAUAGUCCUUCUGAUUAGCUACCUUGAAGUUCAAGUACCGUUGCUAUUUUAUUGUUUUACAAUCAGUGCGUUUUUAUUUAUCAUUAUGUUUAAGCGUAUUAACAUUUAUUAUAAUAUUAUAUGACUACAUGGUCAAAAGUACGGGUUUUACUAUUAUACUACUUAUAGUUAUAUUAUACUAUACAAGAAAGCUCUCUGUACUUAUAAAUGAUAUUUUCACAGGUAAAUAUCAUUUUACGAGUACCUAUAUUAUUAAAGUAAAUACACAUAAAUAAAAAUUGUCCAAUAUACAA